CCGAUAACGUCGACAUCUACGAGCAGCAGCAGCAACACCACAUUUACCUCUGAUGGAGUUCCUGGCCGACAUGUUCCAAACGAUCUUCACCCUGGUUCAAGCACACGUGACGAAUCCAACUUUGAAAAUCUUCAUUUGGAUAGCUACGAGAUUACACUGCCAGUUGGGAGCCACCGAUGGACCCUUAGGGACAUACAUAUUCACCAUUUUGAAUUGUUCGACGAACUUCGAAGAUUCCUGUUCAAAAUUUUCGUUUGGUUGCCAGAACUUUUGCGAAUAUCUGAAAUGUCAGAACGAUGGUAUUACACCGAUGUCAUUGUCAUCAGAGGACCGGACGAUGUUGAUGAAUUUAGUAGACGAAUUGCUUCUAUCGCAUCAGUCUACCCUGGAGAAAUUAUCGUAUGGAAACAUGAUGACGACCACAUCCACCUCGUCCAUGAUUGCAUCUAUUCCUCUAGACGAUGUAGAUGCCGAUUUAGGGUUGACCCCUUUAUUGCCAGUAGAAUUAAGAAAUGUCCCCGACGAAGGCGAGCAAUCACAGCCAUGUCGGAUCUCGACUGGUUCAAUAUACUCAUAUAUUUCUUCCUGCAAAAAAGGCCAAGUCGGGGACAAGUUUGGAUUAGAGGAACCCAUAAGAGAGUGCCUGGUGAGUCUGAAAUUAUACAAUGGGUCAGUUUCAUCGAAGGAUCCCUCUCAGUAUUGGAAAGGGAAAACCCUCCAAUUAAUGAUCAGUUGCAACAAGACCUCACCAGAGUUGGCUCACGUAAAUGGCCUCAUACAAAGCGCAAGCCAAUCUCUGACUACCAAAGGUGCAACCCUGAAACGACGGCAAAAAAGGUACUUUCCAUAUUAAUGUCAUACAAUUGCAUACCCCCAGAAAAUAUAGUCAGUGUAAUACCAUCUGGACACCAUUAUUAUAUUAAUUUCAUUGAUCCUAAAUUCAAGCGUUUUUUUGACAUGGGCCUUGGGUUGUACAAAAAAACUAUAAAUGAAUUAGAACUCAAAGGUUUGGAGAAUCUUUUAUGUUCUGGCUCAGAAGACAGUAUAUUUUACAGCCACUCUACAAAUGUUUUUGAAUAUUAUUAUAAUUUAGCAGAUUCUCUUGCAUGGCUAAAUAAACUUUUGUUAUUUCAAUUUAAUGAUGACACAGAUGAAGUGUCUAAAUUUUUGUUAAAUUUGGUAUCAUGGUUUAAUAGACAGGGCCUUUACCAAUGGCAGGAUAAUAAUUAUGUACAAAAUAAAAAAUUAAACACUCUUUGUAUUGUUGGCCCACCAAACUCUGGAAAGAAUUGGUUUUUUGAUUGCUUCAUUUCACUUGGACUUAAUGUAGGCCACAUUGGCCGAUGCAAUAAUAAGACGAAUCAAUUUGCUCUUCAAGACGCCGUAAAUAGGCGUAUAAUCAUUGGAAAUGAAAUUUCAUUAGAAGAAGGUGCUAUAGAAGAUUUCAAAAAAGUUUGUGAAGGAACUGCAUGCAACAUUCGUGUAAAAUAUAAAGGAGAUGCUAUUUUAAGACGUACUCCAUUACUGUUAAUUUCUAAUUCUCAGCCAAUUGUAUGUAGUCAUCCAGAUUUCAACAAUGUCUGUGUGAGAACUAUUAGGUGGAAAAAAUUUGAUGAAUUGAAAAAUGCAAUAAAAAAGCCGUAUCCUUUAGCUUUCUUUUCAUUAUUGCAAAUGUAUAAAAUUCCUUAUUAAA